AUGGAUGAGUUCAGCAUCGGAAGCGGCGCCGAGAGUCCGUUAGAUUUGAGAGGUACCGCCGACGGGAGUACCGCGAAAUCAAAGAUCAACAGUACUGCGAAAAAAACCAAUCAACAGCUGAUCAAGCCACCUUACUCGUACAUAGCCCUGAUCACCAUGGCGAUCCUGCAAUCGCCCCAUAAGAAGCUCACCCUCAGCGGGAUCUGCGAGUUCAUAAUGAGCAGGUUCCAGUACUACAGGGAUAAGUUUCCGGCGUGGCAGAACAGCAUCAGGCACAAUCUGUCGUUGAACGAUUGCUUCAUCAAGAUACCGCGGGAGCCGGGGAAUCCCGGAAAAGGGAAUUAUUGGACGCUGGAUCCGCUGGCUGAGGAUAUGUUCGAUAACGGGAGUUUCUUGAGGAGGAGGAAGAGAUACAAGCGGCCCCAAGCCAACCUGAUGCUGCGCGACCACCACAUGGUGGCCUCCUUCCUCUCCGGCCAUCCGGACACCUACCAACAGAACAUCUUCAACUACCCCAACCUCCACGGCCCCGGCCCCUACUCGUACCUGCCGGGCUUCGGCGGCCCCGGCAACCUGCCCCUGCUCGGCCCCGUCGACCUAUCGCGCCUGGGGCUCGGCCACCUGGGGCUGGCGCCGCCGCCGCUCUGCAAGCCGGUGCCGGUGCAGGCGGGCGGCGGCGGCGGCGGCGGCGGCGACGCGCCCGAGGAGUGCACGCGGAGCGCCGUGGAGGCCAGGAAGGGCAAGAACGGGUUCUCCAUCGAUUCGAUCAUGGGGCUCGUGGGGGGCGAGAACAAGCGGGAUUUGGGGGGCUUGGGGGCAUCGGCGUUUUCGGCCAUUUCCUCCGGCGAUGAUUGGGGGAGGUGA